AUCAUGAUGCCCAGGAGGAAGAGGAGGAACGUCCUAGACCAAAGCCCUUGGUCCCUCAGCUUGCCCCACCCAAAAUCCCAGAGGGGGACAGAGUGGACUUCGAUGACAUCCACAGAAAGAGGAUGGAGAAGGACCUGCUGGAGCUGCAGACCCUGAUCGACGUCCAUUUUGAGCAGAGGAAGAAAGAGGAGGAGGAGCUCAUCGCAUUGAAGGAGAGGAUUGAGAGGCGUCGGUCAGAGAGGGCGGAGCAACAGCGGUUUCGAGCUGAGAAGGAGCGUGACAGACAGACGAGAAUCGCGGAGGAGCGCCAGAGGAAGGAGGAUGAGGAGGCCAAGAAGAGAGCUGACGAUGAGGCCAAGAAGAAGAAAGUUCUCUCCAACAUGGGGGCCCACUUUGGGGGAUUCCUGGCCAAGGCGGAGCAGAGGAGGGGGAAGCGACAGACGGGUCGGGAGAUAAAGAGGAAAACUCUGGCAGAGAGACGCGAACCGCUGGGCAUCGACAACCUGAGAGAGGACGGCCUCAGGCAACGAGCCCAGGAGAUGUGGAACUGGAUCUAUCACCUGGAGUCCGAGAAAUUCGACUUCAUCGACCACAUGAAGAAGCAGAAAUAUGAGAUUAUUGUUCUCUUGAAUAGAAUCUCUCACGCCCAGAAAUUCAAAAAAGUCCACGGAAAAGGCAAAGUCGGGGGUCGCUGGAAGUGAAGCGCCCCCUAGAGGAAACGACAGAAACGCAAAACGGACGACUGAACGCGGAGACUGUUCUUAUGCUGCUCCAGGAAGCUAGCGGGAACAAGAUGAACAUCAGUACCUCUUUUCCAUCCACGCUUUUCCUGCUUUAAAUGCAUGCACUUGACCCUGAAGCGAUAGCACACGAUGUAUAAAUAAUAAAACUGCUUGCAUUUUACUCAGCA